GGUGCGAGGCGGGCGCUCACCUCGCGCACCGUCACCGCCCGGCGCUCGAUUUGACAGCUCUGCACGAUGAUUUCAACAUCACACAAGCACAGGAAUUUUGUGUCUGAACCAAUGGGAAACAAAUCAGUUUCUGCCUUGGCUGGUAUUGGAACAACACUUGGGAGAAAACUGGAAGAACAAGGUUUUGAUAAGGCAUAUGUAGUGCUGGGCCAGUUCCUUGUUCUGAAAAAGGAUGAUGAAUUGUUUAAAGAUUGGUUGAAAGAUAUCUGCGGAGCCAACAGCAAACAAGCUGGACAAUGUGCCACCUGUUUACAGGAAUGGUGCAAUGCUUUCCUCUAGUUAGUGCAUUCCUGUCUAAAGCAUGAUUUGAUUUACUAAACAUUUUUUAAUUCAUAAUUUCCCAGUGGUCAUCUCGUGCAGAUUAAUACCAUUUUACAUGCAAAAUCAAUCCCUCUGUUAAGAAAAGCAUCACAGCCAAGGGGAUUGCUAGUUUCUUACACCAGUGCUGUGGUUUUAAGGCCAGAUUGGCUGUGUCUGCACUGCUGUUUAACAAAAUGAGCAAUAGAACCCAAAGCCAAAAUAUCAGCAAAUCUGGUAAUGGCGUUAAGGAAAAUGUUAUGACAGCAAAUUGUAAGCAAAUUUGACCUCCCAUUUACUCUGACUAUUUAGAGACAGAAUCCCUCAGACAGGUCAGCUUUCAAAUAGCUAGAAGCUGGUGCAAGAUGCAUUGCAUCAGCAGCUUAACAAGUCAUAAGUUCAUAAAUGGUCCACAAAGCCAAAGUUACAGGAAUGGGCAAGGGCCAGUUUUUUUCGGGAAUUGUGUAUGUAACACACAAGGUUUCUAUGUACUUCAUUCCUUUAUGUAGUUGUUGAGUUGACAAGUAAUCUUUCGAUGUUUUCUAAUUAAAAAAAUCUGCAACAAUUGCAUUGACACAUUUAAAUAGGUGCAGUAUAUCACGAGUAUUAGCGAAGGUAGAGGUAAAGACUGCCACCUUUAGAUUUGUAACUUUGUAGAGUGCUGAUUAUAUUUAUUUGUGCUUGCCACCAAGCUAAAAAACUGGUCUACUCCGUGAGCUGCUCAAUGGCAUCAGAAAACAUUGUUUCACAUAUUUUAAUGUUCAACAUUAAUUCCUUCUCGAGGUUAAGUGCCUGUCCCACUAUGGCGACCUUAUUUGCGAGUUUAGGGGAGUUUGCGCUCGCCACAAGCUCGCAGCAUGGUCGACACAUGGUCGUAGGUGGUCAUUGGUAAGUCUCCUUCAUGGUCAAGAGGAGUUCCCGCUUAGUGGUUACUACUCGCGGCGUCGGUUUGUUCCGAGGACAAAUUUUCAACAAGCUGAAAAGAUUUUCUGUGAGUAAAAAUUAGUCGGCAUGGAGAAAAUAGAUACUUUUGAACCCAGUGGUAGUGGGGUUGCCAUGUCGUUAUAGGU